AUGAUGUGGCUUAGGCUCUGGAUUUUACUUGGUCUCUUUGUUCCAGUGACAAUGGAUUCUGAAAUCAAGCUCAGAGAAAGCUUGCUUUUAAAAAGCUUGGGCAUUCCAUUUAAGCCAAACCCUGUCUCUCCCCCUCCUAUACCGUCUAUACUAUGGAAGAUAUACAAUCAAAGGAUGGGCCCCUCAGCCCCAAAAAAGAAAGCAGAUUUGUGUUUUGUGGAGGAGUUUAAUGUCCCUGGUAGUGUCAUCCGAGUGUUUCCUGACCAAGGGCGAUUUGUCAUCCCUCAUCCCUCGAAUCCUCCUACUACAAUUUGCCUGGAAAAGAGGCUAUACUUCAAUGUCUCAAUAAUGGAGAAAGAGGAGAAGGUAACCAUGGGACAGCUGGAAGUCCGCUUCAGCCAGAAUACCUACUAUGGUCGAAUAUUUGAUCUUCGCCUCUACAGAAUCACACAACUGUCACUGAAGGGAAUGGGAAACCAGAAAACAAGCAGAAAACUCUUAACUGCCCAAACGUUCCGUUUGCUUCACAAAUCCCUCUACUUUAAUUUAACAGAGAUUUGCCAGAGUUGGAGGGACCCUCAUAAGAACCUGGGUUUGGCCUUGGAGAUCUUUCCAAGAAAAGAAGGAAGCUUGUUAGCUGGUCCAUUAGAUGAGUGUCAAGGGAUGCAAACCUUUCUCUAUACCUCUCUACUUACUGUGACCCUCAAUCCUCUACAGUGUAAGACAUCACGAAAGAAAAGAAGUUAUGGCAAGUUUCCAUUUGCUGCCAGCAAUAUCUGUAAAAGGAGGCGCCUUUAUGUUGAAUUUAGAGAUGUUGGAUGGCAGAAAUGGGUUAUUGCCCCUCAGGGAUUUUUGGCUAACUACUGCCAUGGUGAAUGCCCUUACCCACUAACGGAAGUGCUAAAUGGAUCUAACCAUGCCAUCCUCCAGACCCUUGCCCACUCCAUUGAGCCUGAUGAGAUCCCCCUGCCCUGUUGUGUACCCAUAAAAAUGUCUCCUAUAUCAAUGCUAUUUUAUGACAAUAGUGACAAUGUGGUGCUGAGACAUUAUGACAAUAUGUCUGUGGAUGAAUGUGGCUGUAGGUAA